UAUUGUGAAGGUUGAAAUACUUGAGUUCCGGUGUAAUUGUCGCAUGGCUGUCGACCUAACGCCUGUACUCCUCAUGAUUUCAUGCGGUUGUUACAUGUUCAGACCUAACAACAGGCUCAUGUCGAUGGUGGAGAGUUAAAGUCUGGUGGAUAGAUGGCUGCUUGUGUGCUCUGUCGACCGGUGCGCAGGCUAUGCUACCUCCCAGGCUUGAGAAAAGAUUUUAUCCAGGCUCAGCGCAUGUCUGUCAAACAAGUGGAUGAGACUGAUGAUCAUGGAGGGAAGAAAGGAGUAUUUCAACACCAGGAGGCAUCUCUUCCAGAAGAAUACAGGCUGCAUUACAACCCUAGCUCAUAUCAUCACUCUUUGUGGAACAAAGCAAUCUCCCAGAGCCAAACAGAUAUUGAUGAGGACAAGUGUCUCUCCACACUAGCGCCUUCCUUUUGGAAACAGAACAAUCGCUACAGUGCUAGUUGCUUGCGGCAUCUCUCCAGCUCAAAAAACGCACAUCUUGACUUGGCUUUCAGCAAAGGCCCCAAACCUGAGAUGCCAUCACUGUUACCGUACCACAGAAAACCCAUACAGCCAGAUGUUCAAGUAGAUACACGUGCUUUCCUCAAAUGCCGACCAGAGUAUGCCUCCAAGUCCCUUAACCUCACCAACCGACCUUGCUCAAUCAAGUGGUCAGAGGCCUUGUCGCUGCUCCAAAAAGCGUCUGUUUUAAAGGGCAGUAUGAAACCAUCUAAUGUGUCGCAGUUUCUCAUGGAGCUCAGCUGCUCACACCCAGACAAGCUCUUAUUACUGAAAAGUGACCAGCGCUUCACCAUGCUCCUCCGAUAUUCUGUGGAACACCUUCGCCUCUUUACUACAGUUCAGCUGCUGGAUGUCCUGCAGUCGUUUGUGUGGCUGGAAAUGCCCCCUUCCCACCCUGUACUCGGGUUGUAUGAGGCUGAGCUGUGCCGCAGGGCUGACGAGAUGAGUUUGCACCAGUUGCUGUUUGCUGCUGACUUAUGGCGCUGUAUGAGGAGGCAGGUCCCAGAGUUCUUACAGCACCUCUUUAAUUCAGUCCCUCUGUACCUUGGACAGAUAGGGGUCCCUGAGUCGGUGCACCUGUUGUAUAUAAUGGGAGAGGGUAGGCAGUGCCCAAAAGACUUCAUCCGUCCUGUAGAGAGGCUCCUCAUGUGUCAUUUACAGCAACUGUACCCUGAGGAGGUUGGUACAGUAUGCUUGGGGCUCUUUAAAUCCCAAACUUCAAUAUCUGAAGAUGCAGUGAUUCAUAUUGUUGAUAAGGCACACUCUUUUGUGGAGGAGAUGAGUGACUUUGCCAUAGUGAAUGUGCUGAAAUACAUGCGUUUCAGCUACUUGUACCACAGGGACUGGCUGGAGGCCAUGGCAGUGGAAGUUCCUCGACGGGCCCAAAGUAUGGGUGUCAAAGGGCUUAUGCAUGUGGCCCUGACCUGUUCAGCACUGCAUUACUACAAUGAUAAAAUCCUAAUGGCAAUUGCUGAGAGAGUUCCAUCGCUGGUGCCACACUGCAGGAGUAAAGACUCAUGCAAACUGCUGUGGGCCUUUGGCACAUUAGAGUUUCUCCCAGUUCAGAGCCCAAGCUUCUAUUCAAGUCUGACAGACUCCUUGAGACAGAGGAAAGUUGAAUUCGAGCGAUACCCAGAGCAUCUACUGACUGGUCUUCUAGGCCUGGCCUUUGUCUCUCAGUUCCCAGAGGACCUAAUUGCAUUAGCUUUGAGUCCUGAAUUUGUCAACCUAGCACUGAAGUCCACACAGCUGGAGCUGAAAAAAGACUUGUUCACUUUAGACAGAGCUGUGGCUAUGGAACUGCCUCUGAGGACUGGCCCAUGGCUAAGCAGUGAACUGAGAGAGGAGGUGACAGAAAUGCUGUGGAAGUUUGCGCAAUUAGACGUGUGCCAGAAACCAGAGGUUCGGGAGGCAGAAUCUAUUCUGCAAGAUCUGUUUGGAGGAGAAACGUUUGUACAUAAGAGGAUGAUUCUGCCCCACACUCGUUCCAUCGACCUCGAAGUACAUCUUGACUCAAAAGGAAACCCUAUAGCCCUGAACCCAGCAUCCGACACAGCCACAUUAUCUCCAAAGAACAGUUCAUCCAGAAGUCCUUCUCAUAAGUUGAAGAAGAAAAGGAUUGGACAAAUUGAUAUAAGUGAUGAUCUUUUAUCACAGCUAAUACCAACCAAAAACACCACAGAGCCUUUAACCUCAUCUCCUAAGGUUCACAAAGUAGAGCGUGAUUGGUGGAGACUGUCUGAGACAGGGGUAGACCUGACCACUGAAAUUACAGACGCUCUUAUCAAACCCAGUGUCUUACGAUCAAACCCCCAUGUCUCGAAAGGCAUUGUCAAACUUGCUAUCCAGGUCUCCAGCAGGAACCACUACUGCUGCAAUUCACAGCGGUUAUUGGGUCUUCAUGCGAUGAAGAGGAGGCAGUUGAAGUUGGCAGGCUACAGGGUUGUAGAGCUUAGCCAUCAGGAGUGGUUUCCCAUGCUACGGAAAAGCAGGGCUGAGAAGCAGGCAUACCUGCACUACAAAGUUUACAACGGUCUGUAUUGAUUCUCCGACCUCCAGGAGCCUGAAGAAAUGAAAACAAACUUAUUAACUUAUUUCUGGUUUUUGGGCAAUCUUUAGUUUUAAAUAUGUAUGUGCACAGAAAAGGGUCUGUUAAGGCAUUGGACAGAUGUUUGUUUAUCCACACCCACAAUGGAUUUCUUGUACAAAGUACAUUUCAUAUUGACAUGUGUGUGAAAAAACUCAAAUAAAAAGAACUCUUUACUAUCCUGGUUAAGGUUGUGGUAUGAUAUCAUGACAGCAGAUAUUUGGAAUGUAUUUUAUUUUCUGAAUGUAUUUCAAUCUGACAUCAAGAACUUGCUUAUACCUUCCAGGAUUUGUAGAAUACUAAGGAAAUCAUACUUGAUCACAUUCACUCAUGUAUGAUGGUCAAUGCAUUUGUUUCUAGUGUUAUUAGAUUACUGACCACUUUGCACGGCAAGAUUAAACUUUGUAAAUAAUGCAAUACUACCACUAACUGCAACCCUCAAAUCACUGCAGUAUUGUCUGAAGAUCUCCAUGGAAGGCUGCAAUGUUAAAGAUUUAACAAAAAUAGAAUGUAUAACAGUAUUUAUGACAUAAAGGUACACUCCACUGUCACUUUUUUGUGGCAAAUCUUAAUGCAAAACAUGAUUUAUAUAGCAAAACUGCAAACACCACCUCUGAAACUGAGCAUACCAAGUGACAGGGAAAUUAAUCCUUUGACACUGGGAUAGAAUUGAUGCUCCCAUGUUUGACUCCUCCAAGCUUUUAUGAUGACUUUGCUGUGGAGGUCAUCUGUCCGUUUCUCAUUGGACUACUGCAGCAGGAUUAGGGAUUUUCACAGAUGUCACUGUUUGUAUUUUUAUCUUUUUGAGGUAGAAAUAAAUUGUCAGACUUUUUCCUUUGACAUGUUAUUGUAACGAUAUUGUUCUGUCAUCUUGCAUAAACAUGAAGUAGUGUAAGAAUAGAAGAGCAACAAAAGUGGGCCGCUGAACAGAACCGUUUUAUUGUAAAGAGCUGUCAAAUUCACAACAUGUUUGUUUAUUGUGAGUUUUGGGGAUUUUAUUUUUCUGGCAGCAUUUCUUGGGAAUGCCAUGAAGUUCGACAGCCCAAGGUCUGAGAUGUCUCUCACUGAUAAAUCACCACACAAGGUUAAAGUGACUUAGACAAAAAUUAUAACCAGAAAGGAAACGUUAUAAGUCAAUUUCUGGAUUGAAGUUCAUUUUCAUGGUGUAUUGACAUGAAUGGCAAUCAGUGGCUGCCUGGAAUAAAGGAGAA